UUUAAUCAGUAGCAAAAGUUGAGUCAUUCCGAAUGCAUUCAAACAAUAAAAAUCAAGUUUAUUAUUCCCAAAUGUUUAAAGGGAAAAACGAAAUCACGUAUUAUAGUACUGAACUACCAUUAAAAACAGUUAUACAAACAUUUGAUUUUAAAAAUACUGAUGAAGCUCUCUUUAUUUGUGAUUUAACCAAAAUUAAGGAGAAAUAUAUUACUUGGCGAAAGUAUAUGCCCCGUGUUAAGCCUUACUAUGCUAUUAAGUGCAACGACGAUGAAUUAGUUAUUAAGACCCUUGCCGACUUGGGUACUGGUUUUGACUGCGCUUCGAAGAACGAAAUUAAACAAAUUCUUAACAUCGGUGUUCAACCGGAACGCAUUAUCUUCGCUAAUCCUUGCAAGCUGACGUCGCAUAUAAAAUAUGCUAGAUCCAAUCAAGUACUAAAUGGCACCGUGGACAAUGAAUUUGAAAUAUAUAAGCUUCAUAAAUACUACCCGCAAUCAAAUUUAAUAAUACGUUUUCGAUGCGAAGCUGCAGAAGUUCAAUGUCCUUUAGGCGAAAAGUUUGGUUGCGAUGCUGAGCAAGAUGCUAGCGCUUUAAUGCUUUUGGCGAAAAGCUUACAGUUAAAUGUCAUCGGCAUUAGCUUUCACGUGGGCUCUGGUUGUAAAGAUUUUCCUGCGUAUGAUCGUGCUAUCAGUAUAGCUAAGAAACUUUUCAAAUUUGGUGGAUUGCUUGGUUACGAUAUGGAUUUGCUUGAUAUUGGCGGUGGUUUUCCCGGUAGUAGCGACGAAAAUUUUAAAGUCAUUGCUGCUAUAGUUAAUAAGUCUUUAAAUCGUCAUUUCCCUGAUCGAAAAGUUAAUGUUAUUGCAGAACCAGGACGAUUUUUCGUUGCUGCUGCUUAUACCUUGAUUUGUAAAAUUUAUGCAAAACGUGAAGUCCGUUCCCCAUACGAUAAUAAAUUAUUAAGGAAAAUGUACUAUUUGAACGAUGGCGUCUACGGUUCCUUCAACUGUAUUUUAUAUGAUCAUCAGGAAGUUACUGUGAAUCAUUUUCUGGGCAAAGACAGCUAUUUGCCGAGCUUCAAAACACUGAUAUGGGGACCAACCUGCGACGCUUUGGACAAGACAGAAAGGCACGCAGAUGGACAGAUGAAAAAUUCUUAAAUGGAUUCGAUAUUUAAUGUGGAUAAAGAAUAAAUACACCUCAUGGGGUCGUUGCGCUUCCUUUUGGAUUUUACAAACGCUUUGUCGAAAUAAACAUACCGUGAAAUAUUUAAAAACCACCAAAAGCCUCUUUUUUUUGCGUGAAAUAAAUCGAAAUAAAACGCAAAUAACUGUUAACAAAGGUUAUAAGAUGAAAUUCGCUAGCAACCGAGCAAAGUUCUCUGUUUCAUAUACCGCUUAUGUCAUGUGUUCUAAUUUUUUUCGAAUUUGUUGUCUAAUCCCCUUAAAAAUUUUUUUCAUUGAUAGUUAAAUGAAAUCUUUAAUAUUUAGAUGACUUUAAUUUUCGCAGGUACCGCUGUUCAUUUUUUCUUCAGUUUUACUAUUCACACAAUCUACAAUCUAUAACAAGUACACUACCUUUAAAUUUUUCCUCACAUAUUAUUGUGUGUGUUUUUUUUUGUUUUUCUAUGCGAGCUAGAGGUAGAAAUCUUUCAAAGAUACUACUGUCAGCAAUAUAGACGAUUCCCCUGCAUGGCGCCUAGUUAAUAACAAUGCCACCCAUGUACAUCUCUCAUCCACUGCCCACACUUCAUCUUCUCUCCACCCUCUGUCUUUCUAGGUGUCUUAGUUCUUGUAGCACUUUUUUUCUAAACUGCUCGUGUUAUAGACCUUGUUACCGCCAAUCAUCUGCUGCAGUAUCUCACUCGGCCCUAUUUAGCGUGAACCAAGCUAAAACUUUUUUCAGUGACCCAAAGCUUGCUUCAUAUCUUCCUUUAUAUCCGCGCAAUCUGUGCAGUUUGGCUAUCAUGCCUGAAUUUGUGCAGAUACUCCGGAAACAGUCACAACCAGUCGGGUCAUGCGUAAGGUAAUAAUCUACGUCCUCGAUUGGCUUUCGGCCUAUCGCGUUGUGUAAGGGGUGAGAACGCACGCCCACCUUCCUUUUGUUUUUCUUUUUCAACAUGGUUGUAAUAUUCUAAUCGAGAUUAGCCACCUGUCUUUGUUGUGGCUUUUUGAGUUGUCUCACAAUAAUAGGUAUGUUUUUCAUUGAUCAAUUUCAUUUGAUCUGGAUACCGACUCAGGCUGGUUUCCGUUUAAGUGGAACGGCUCUUCGUCUUAUUUGGAAAAAUAUUCUGUCGGAUUAGAAGGACCAAUGUCAUCAGAUAGCACGGGUACAGAAUGGUCGUCUCUUUUAUAGGAUCCAUCCCUCCGUGACCUUUGACAUCUUCUCGGGUGACAACUUCUCCAUAUGGAAAAUUAAAAUACUUAGAAACUUGAGUAAUCACGUGUUCGACAAACACUACUUAAAAAUGCUCCGAGUCAUAGCUUAUUAUACAUGUUGAAAGUCGAUAUUAUUAGACAGUCUUCGAAUAU